GCCCCCGUCCCAGCCCGCACACUUGGGCCACCGCAGACCCGGGCCCGGUGGCCGCCCUGGGCGCGGCGCUAUGAUGCUGCGCUCCCUGAAGGCGGUGGCCCUGCUCCCUCUGGCCUUGGUGAUCUGGUCCUCCGCCGCCUUCAUCAUCUCCUACGGGGUGGCGGUGCUCAAAGGACACGUCGACCCGCUCCUCCCCUUCAUCAGUGACAUUGGAACAACCUCCCCAGAGAGUUGUAUCUUUGGAUUUAUGAUUAACAUUUCAGCAUUUCUUGGCACAGUCACAAUCUAUCUAAAAUUUAAAAUGGUAAAGAGGCAAACUGAAACUUCACAUUUCAUCAGUCCCAUGUUUAACAUCGUUUCAUCCAUUUUUGGAUUGGUGAGCUGUGUUGGGAUGUGUAUUGUUGCAAAUUUUCAGGAGUUGGCUGUGCCAUUGAUUCAUGAUGGUGGUGCCUUAUUGACUUUUGUCUGUGGGGUCAUAUAUGUCAUACUUGUGACAGUUAUUUCCUGCAAGGCAUGCCCACAGUGGAGUCUUUUUUUGAUCAGUGUCAUCAGAAUCAUCAUUUCUGUUGUUUCAUAUAUUGCUGUUGUCCUCCUGAUUGUAGGUGCCUCACUGAUCUCCAUACUCAACCUCAAAUUGAAUACAGGGACAAAGGCGUAUCUGAUUCAUCAUAUCAGUGCCAUCAGUGAGUGGAUUGUGGCAUUUAACUUCUUGCUCUUUUUUCUAACCUUUAUCCCGGAGUUCCAGCGCUGGGGAGAAAUUACGUAGACUCUAGCCCAGCUGCUGCCGGAGGACUUCAGAAGCCAUGAUCAACCUGCCGUGCCGCUGUGAGCCCCUGGGCCGCUGUGGACUGCCUCUGCCCGGACCAACCUCCCCCAGUCCCGAUCACUUCCACCAGAGUUUAGACCCUGCUGCCUGCAAGAGCUGGGAUAAUUCAGAAGACAUGACCGGGCUGCCAUUCCCCUGUGAGCCUUGGGGACUACUGUGAUGGCCCUUGAUUGGAGCAAGUUUCCCAUCCAGAUCACCAUCACCGGAAUUGAGACCCUGCACCCUGCUGGAGCUGGGAGAGUUCAGAAGUCACAACUGGUCUGCAUGGCACCAAAGCUCUGGGAUCUGCAGAGUACUGCCUUUGCCUGGAACAGUUAAGCCCUUUUGGUUCUCAUCGUGGAAGUCCAAUCUCUGCCCUCCACCUCCCCCCAGGACCCAGGGGUUUUCAGAAGCUACAGUCACUGUGAGAUCUGAAAUUUGCAUAGCGUUGUCUGGAGCCGGGACAAUCACCGUCACUGUGGAAUCCAGGCCUUGCAAGAGACCGGGGACUCGGGAAGUUGGGCUCAUCUGUCAUCCCAUGGACCUCUGGGGUCUGCUCUUGAAAGGUAUAAUAUUAACAUGCAGAAACAAAAAUGGUUAGAAGGAGCUAUAUGUUUUGAAGAGAAGAGUGACUGUCAAGGCUUGGCCAUCAUCCUGACACUUGCUAAUUUAACUUUUAGCAGGACAAUUACAAUAAAUCCACAUAUCGUAUUUCCAUUCUCUUUUUUCCCCUCUUAUCAGUCAAUAGUAUUUAUUGAGGGCUCACUGUGGAAUUUCUUUUUUGUCUGUCUUCACCUGAACUUGGCUACCCAGAAUGGGGCUUGUGAAUCGACUGUAGCAACAGGAGGCUACCCAAAGAACUGUUUUAUGAAAACUUGAAACUGGUAAACCAAAAGCAAGACAGGCAGAGUAAAUGUUUUAAGGACACAUAUGUGGGUGUGGGGUUAUGGGUGUGUGUGUGUGUUUCCCAGAGAUUUUUGUACUUGUAAUUUGACAAACCUAAAGAUAAAAAGCGUAAUAGGGAAUGCAUGCACAUUUCAGUCAGUGGCAAAGUUCUGGCAGGGAGGGAGAUGUGGGCCAUGUGUAAGAAUUUUCCACCCUCCCCAUGGCAAGAGGUUGGUGGGGAUAUGCAAGCUUCAGGACAGCAAGUCUGGUGCUAUGGAGGCCAGGUCCCAGGAAGGGAGCCCUGAGGUCUGGUGCUACGGCAGCUCUGACCGUCCCAGACCUGUAGCCUCACUGGAGGCCUGGGUGCUUCCACCACCUCAAACCCUGGCAAAGUGCUCUGUGUUUAUGCACGUGGAAUAAAGCGGGUGGCACUGUGUUCAC